AUGCUUGCUGCACAUGCGACGGCAUCUUCUGCCAAACCUGAGACUACCACCACACCUGCUGCCGAACCUGAGCCUACCACCACACCUGCUGCCGAACCUGAGACUACCACCACACCUGCUGAACCUGAGCUUACCACCACACCUGUUCCCGAACCUGAGCCUCGGGGCUGGCUUUCCGUUGAUGCUGCAGCUCGGCUCCACCAAGGCUGGCGCUGGCUGGGCGUCGGACCUCUGAUGUCGAACCUGGGAACAAGGCUCGGGAAAGGUCUGGGAAGGAACGCUGAGGAGGGUGGGGGAGGGGAGGACAAGGCUAGGGAGUUUUUUGCAGGGAGGCCGCAGGUGGAGGUGUCAACUGGUGGAGGGCGGAUCGAAACGUGGGGCGCUGGGCUGAAACGACUGGAGGAUGCGGAUGUGAGCGCAGCAGUGAUGACAAUAGAGCCUGUGUCCAUGGCUCUGCCCAUGUAUUCUAACGAUGAAGAGGUGUCUUAUGUGGUAGAGGGCGAAGCUAGGGCAGGGCUUAUCAGCCCGGAGGGCAUUCGCACUAACGUGAGGAGGCUUCGCAAAGGCGAUGCGUUUGCUUUCCCACGAGGCUGGGGCAGGUGGAUUUGGAACGAUGGCAAGGAGCCUCUGCGGAUCAUAUCCAUUGCUGAUACGUCCAAGGAGGCCCACCGGGGGCGGUACACGGCCUUCAGCCUGGUGGGCGCUCAGAAGGAGAAGUUUGGCGGCAUUCUCCAUGGCUUCAGCCACCGAGUGCUGGCCAAGGCAUGGGGUGUGGAGGAAGGGGACGUGACACGGCUGCUGGAGGGGCAGAAAGAUGCAGCCAUUGCGAAGGUUGACCCGGGGAAGGUCGUAUCUGGUGAUCCUGAUGCGAAUACUGAUACUGAUGCUGAUGCUGAUGACAGCGUUGCUGCUUCUGCCGCUGAUAACUCGGAAGGCACUGUAGCGUUUGGGGACUUUGUGUACAACCUUAUAGAGGAGCAGGCUUCUAUCGAGACCCCAGGGGGUGGCACUCUGACCACAGCGGAUGGAUUCAAGCUGCCGGUGUUUCGUCACCUGGGCGUUGCUGCUGCUCGCAUCAACCUGCUGCCCAAUGCCAUGGCAGCGCCUCAUUGGCUGUCCAACUCAGCAGCCAUUCACUUUGUGACACGUGGCAGUGGGCGGUUUGAGAUAGCCUAUCCGGACGGCAGGAAGGCGCUGAGGAAGCAUGUGAAUGAGGGAGAUGUGGUGGUGGUGCCGGCUGCUUUCGCUCAUGCUGUUGAAGCGUCAGGGGAGGGCUUAGAGUACGUUGCUCUCUCCCCCAAGUCCAAACCCAAGCCUGGCUUCUUAGCCGGCGGCAACUCGGUCUACAGUGCGAUGCCUACCGCUAUACUGAAGGCUGCUUUUAACGUGGAUGCAGUUCUGGCGGAGAAAUUGCAGGGCACUAGGGAGGGGGAGUAUGUGAUCCUGUCCCCUGCAAAGGGAAUGGGGGAUUGUGGCCCAUAA